UUCAGAAUCUCCUCAUUUGAAGAGAGGAAAGCUUCAGGCAACGUUAUGCCAAUGAUACCAUAACUGUUGCAGAAUUAGACCUAUAACCCAGGGGCAACAGGAAAAUUAUCCAAGAUAGAAAAUCAUGAAACAGCUGGAUACUGACUCCAAGAAUGAAGACAAAUUAGUCAUGGAAGUAAACACUGAACCAACAGAGGAGAAAACUACCAACAAACUACCAAUAAGGAAAGAAACAACCCGCUUUCAAGGACUCAAGGCUUUCCUUGCUUCCCUGGCAUUUACGUAUUUUAGUAAAGCAUUUGCUGAGGCCAUGAUGAAAAGUUCCUUCACGCAACUGGAAAGGAGAUUUGGCAUUUCUUCUUCUACAGCUGGCUUCAUCGAUGGAGGCUUUGAAAUGGGAAAUUUGUUGGUGAUGGCAUUUGUGAGUUACUUCGGGGCAAAAUUUCAUCGGCCAAAGAUAAUCGCCUUUGGUUGUUUUAUCAUGUCUGUGGGCAGCUUUUUAAUGGCAUUGCCUCAUUUCUUCAUGGGAUAUUAUCAAUAUGACUCAUUAUCACUCACAUCAAACAUCUCUAUCACCAGUUUCUCUCCCUGCUUAUUAAAUCAAAGUGUCCCCAAGGUAAAAGGGAUGCCAAGGCCAGACUGUGACCAUAAAGUUGUUACCUCUUAUGCAUGGAUUUUCGUCUUGUUGGGGAAUCUGCUACGUGGAAUUGGAGAAACACCAAUUAUUCCUCUGGGCAUAUCAUACCUUGAUGAUUUCUCUAGAGAAGAAGAUGUUCCUGUUUAUCUCAGCAUUUUGCACACUGUAGCCAUGAUUGGCCCAGUAGCUGGCUUUCUCCUGGGAUCUGUGUUAGCCAGACUGUAUGUGGACAUCGGUUUUAUGGAUAUGGAUACAAUAACUAUCACUCCAACUGAUUCUCGUUGGGUUGGUGCAUGGUGGCUGGGCUUUUUAUUCACCGGGGCCAUCACGCUGAUUUCUGGAAUCCCUUUCUUGUUCCUGCCUAAAAGUCUGGACAAAAAGGAGAAUGCCUAUAUCCAUAAAAACCUGGAUCCCAAAGAAAGCAACAUUGACAACACCCAUGGACAGAAAUCUGAUGUUCAAGGACGAGUGGCAUACUCUGGACAAUUAAAAGAGUUCUUCAGGUCCCUGAAGAGAAUCUUGGGGAACAAAAUGUAUGUUAUACUAUUGUGCUCAUUACUCCUGAACACGAGCAGUUUUAUCGGUUACAUCACCUACCAGGCAAAAUAUAUGGAACAGCAGUACGGUCUGCCAAUUUCAAGAUCUAAUUUUAUAACAGCUGUUGCCGUUUUGCCAGUUGUUGGCAUUGGGAUUUUUACAGGUGGGUUCAUCAUGAGAAAGUACAAGCUAGGCAUCAUUUCUACUAUAAAACUGGGAUUUGCAGCAUCAUUCAUCGGCUUCGUCUUGCUAUUUCUGUAUCUAACGGUGGGUUGCGACAAUCACCCGGUGGCUGGACUGACAGUAUCCUAUGACGGGGAAGCAGCUGCUCAGGAUCAACUUUCUUUAUCUUCAGCCUGCAAUUCCAACUGUACCUGUGCUACCAGCCAGUGGGACCCUGUUUGUGGAGCUAAUGGACUCACAUAUGUGUCGGCCUGUUUUGCUGGAUGCAAAAACCUAACAGGAUCAAAGAAAGAAACAGUUUUUCACAAUUGCAGCUGCGUUGAGAAAGCAGAUGCUACAAUGAGGAAUUCUUCAGCCGUGUUGGGUGAAUGCCACAGAAGUGAUGAGUGCUCAAGGAGUUUUAUUUAUUACAUAAUCAUCAAAGUUGUGAGCUCCUUUAUGUUCUCACUGAGUGCUAUUCCUCUGUACAUGCUUCUUAUUAGAUGUGUACCUCAGGACCUGAAGUCACUUGCAGUUGGUCUCUUUCUGCUUGUGAUAAGAGCUUUGGGUGGAAUUCCAGCCCCAGUUUACUUUGGUGCUGUGAUUGACAAGAGUUGCUUGAAGUGGGCAAGGACCCCUUGUGGCCAAAAAGGUGCCUGUAGGCUAUAUGAUGCGGCACAGUAUAGGUAUUCCUUCUACGGUCUCACACUUGGCUUGAGAGUGCCAUCCUAUCUGCUGGCUUUCAUCUUUUUCUUGCUUGUCAAGAAACAUGUUGGAGAACAAGAGGCCAAGGAGGCUGAAAAUGGGUCCAAAGAAGGUGCACCUCUGAACGAAGAGAUAAAACUAAAGGAUACAGAACUUUCAGCACAUCGUUCAGAUGCAGAAAUGAAUACCUGCCUCUAGCAAAAAACUGGACGUACACCAAGGGUAGAAGUUGAUGGACUGCAGGCAUCUUAGACUCUUAGAACUUAGCUACUGAAAAAUGGCAGCAUUGUUUCCUGUCAUUUUUGGGAGGGGAAGUUACCUCAUUAGGGCAAAGCAGCACCCAGUCAAUCCUUCAGGAUUCAAGGCAAAAAAAGUAUUCAUUUCUCCGACCCCUUUGAAAAACAGAACUUUGGAAGGCAAAGGAGCUGCCAUCUUGUGUGGUCUUCUAAAAAUGAGACUUGAUCAUUGGUUGCACUGAAGUAAAAAAUAAAACAUUGAAUUCUG